GAGGGACCAAGCGAAUUAGUUAAAAAUGCCUUAAAUUGUCGGCACAACGUCAAAAUCGAGCUGACAAGAAAAGCAGAACAGAAUCAAACAACUCUUUAUGAGUAAAAGCGAAGUAACCAUUUCUCUCACUCUCCUUUCUCAAUUAAUAUAAGCCAAUCACCAUCAAAAUAUCAUUUGAGAACUCUAGAAACCUGCUUCAAUGGCGAUCGACAAGCUUCCACUUCUUCUCUUUCUCUCCAUACUCCUCUGCCUCAAUCGCCCUGUUCUUAGCGACACCGAUGAAGAGGACAUUCUUCUCACAGGAAUCAACAGCUACAGAACAACACAGAAUCUAACAAUCUUAAGCAAGAACGAAAACGCAGAAUGCCUAGCUGACGAAAUCGCAGACCAAUUCAAGAACAAACCUUGUACCAACGACACUGGCUCAGCCACAGUACCUGGAACUGAGCCACAGUUCGCAAACUACCCUCAGAUUCUAGCAAAAUGCCACUUGAACGUCUCAGACACGAGAGACGGCUCGAUUAUGCCUGCAUGUGUUCCUCGUUUAGAAUCAAACCUCGUCCUCACAAACUUCACCAAGUCACAAUACUCAAUGAGUUUGAACGAUUCCAAGUUUACAGGGAUUGGUAUUGGUAAAGAAGAUGAUUGGAUCGUUGUAGUCCUCACUACCAACACACCAGAAGGAAGCUAUUCUACAGCUACUCCUACAAAACAAGAGUCUAAUGGCUUCACCUUUGGUAUUGGUCUCGUUAGUUAUUUAGUCAUUUUCAUGUACUCUUCCUUUUGUUUCUUUCUCUUUUGAGAUAUCAAAUGUUUUGAUGAGUUAUCAAACACUCUUUCCUUUAGACUAUCAAGAAUAAAUUUUGUUAAAGAUUAGUUGUUAUAAUUUCUGAAACUUGACGCUUAUGGCAUGUGAUGUCAUGAUAGGACGUACUUAAAAUACUGUAUUUUGUCGGUGAGUUUGGUGGAGAAAGACAAGAUUAUGCAACGACCGACACAAAUCUGGAUAUUUUACACGUGGGAAGUACUUUAUGCGCUCCAAUACUGAAAAAGCCCAAUAAGAAGGCCCA